AUGACGACUAAAGGUUAUAAUCAUUUCAAAAGAUUUCAUGCAUCAACAUCAUCAAGUCAUACUGAACAAAAAGUAUGUUUUGAAAAAGAAACACAAAGCAUCAUGUUUGAAAACAUAGAAACUCCAACAAUAAAUCCAACUGAAAAUAAUCGUCGACGAAAUUCUCGAACUUUUAUUAAGAAACUUUUAAAUACAACAUAUAAUUCCAAAUUAAAAAAUGGAAACAAACGAAACUCGAAUAGUGUUGAUGAUAAUAUGUUUGAUGAAAAUGAAAAAAUUACAAAACUCGUGUCAAAAACGAACUCAAUUCCAUCAAUUGUUCAUCAAUCUGUAUUAGAAAAUGAAGUUUAUUCAAAAUCCAGAUCAAAUGAGGAAUUUAAACCUAAGGGAAUAUUAAAAAACUCAAAAAGUAAUUCGUAUGCCGAUCAAGUCAAUGAAAUAUGCAAUAGCCAUAAUCGAUUUCAAUCCAGACAAACAUAUUCUGAAACAUGUCAUACAACAAAUAGUAAAGAAAACAGUAAUGACUUUGUACCGGUAAUUAAUGAAAAUGAUAGUUCAUCUUCAACAUCAAAGAGUUCUUUGCCACCUGUCAAAUGUGUUAAAUUUAGUGAUAUGAUAUGUGAAACGAUAUCUAAACCAAAUAAAUCAAUGCCUAUCACAAUAAAAUAUUCAUGUGAUCAAAAAAGAAAUUCUCAAGAUUCAAAUUUAAUGAACAUAACUGAAGUAAAUUCGUAUGACGAAAAUUCUAUUGAUAAAGUACAAUUUUAUACUGUAGAUUCGUUACCGUUUGAAGAGCUUAAUGUGCAUGAACCCAGCGAUAAUAAACCCACUCAUGAUGGUUUAGUAAUGUUUUAA